AUGUAUGUUUCAACCACGUCAUCUUCUAAAAAAACUCACAUUGCCCACGGACUACAUUCUAAUAGUUUAUGCUCCAUUACGAUAAUAAAUAAAUGUAUUCAAAGAAAUGCUUUUUUUGGUCACCCAGAAAAUAUUCUAACAGCAAUCUGCUUGAUGACAGAGAUAAGAGAACUUGCAGCCGGACGAAUUAAAUGUGCAAGAAAAGCCACAGCACCUGGUGAAGGUAAAAUCAGAAAACUUCAAUGUCCUUCUCUUAACUUUGAGGCUGCCGAAUACUAUUGUCUUCUAAAUUGGCAAGACGUUCCAAGAACCUCGCCACCUAUGCUACGAGAUAUAAGUGAUGACAAAAUUGAAGCAGCAAUUAAAGUACCUCGGAAGUGGACACUAAAAAAAUAUCCUUGA